AUGUCAACUCCGCCAGACUCGCCCCGAACGCAAGAUGGGUUUGAGAGCGACGACCCCGCCGAUUACUGGGCAGAAGGAUACGGGCCUGGUUGCAGCAUAUGCCGUGAUUUUAACCCAAGAUACCUCCAUCCCGAUGAUACUAGCAACAGCCAUCUCUAUUCGAGCCUGGUGCGCUCCACAAGAGACGGUUGCUUUACGUGCAACAUUCUGGGGGAAAUCAUCAUUGGCUUCUACAAAUUCGAGGAUGCAUCUACCAUAGCCUUUACUUUCGAGGAUAGCUACUUUGUGCUCUGGCCUAUCCGAGACACGAGCGUCCAUUUUUGGGAGGAUUGA